GGUGGCUAGCUGUUGCGCUCGCUUUCCCCCAAACGUGACCUGACGGGAGGGAGAAGUCGCCAUGAAGCAGCGCCUCCUGCUGCUGAUCGCUUUCUCGCCUCGUUAAAUCUCUCCUCCACCCCCAUCCAGUUUCCUCUUCGCUUCUUCGUGCUCGUGAGCUCGCUCGCUCGCUCGCUUGCUAGCUUCGGCGAGAGCUCCCCUGCGGCCAGAUCAGAGAUUCCCCUGCGGCGGUUGGGAGGUUUCCUCUUCGGCUAGCUCUGGCGUUUCUGUGAGCGGGGAGCACCAACCGCGCGUGGGGUGGGUGCCCGGAGCUUUGAUGCGCGUGGCCGCCGGAUUCUCCCCGUCGUUUGAUGGGCAACGCAUGCGGCGGUUCCCUUAUUAGAUCCAAGUACCUGAGCUUCAAGCAGACGUCGCACCGCCAGGACACCGAGGACAACGCCGCGGCGGCCGCCGACUCGCCGAAGAAGCCUUCCCGCCCUCCCGCAGCCGCCACCACGGACCCCAACCCAGUCUCCGCGUCGGCGCCGGCCGCCGCCAUGAGGCGCGGCCAGGCGCCCGUCGACAUCGGCUCGGUGCUCGGCCACCCCACCCCUAACAUCCGGGACCUCUACGCCAUGGGCAGGAAGCUCGGACAGGGUCAGUUCGGCACCACCUAUCUUUGCACCGAGCUAUCCACCGGGGUGGACUACGCUUGCAAGUCCAUCUCCAAGCGCAAGCUCAUCACCAAGGAGGACAUCGAAGACGUUCGCCGCGAGAUCCAGAUCAUGCACCACCUCUCGGGGCACAAGAACGUCGUCGCCAUCAAGGGCGCGUACGAGGAUCAGCUAUACGUGCACAUCGUCAUGGAGCUCUGCGCCGGCGGAGAGCUCUUCGAUCGCAUCAUACAGCGUGGCCACUACAGCGAGCGCAAGGCCGCCGAGCUCACUCGGAUCAUCGUAGGGGUCGUCGAGGCCUGCCACUCGCUCGGGGUCAUGCACCGGGACCUCAAGCCCGAAAACUUCCUGCUUGCCAACAAGGACAAUGACCUCUCGCUCAAGGCCAUUGAUUUUGGUCUCUCAGUCUUCUUCAAGCCCGGUCAAGUUUUUACCGAUGUUGUCGGAAGCCCGUACUACGUAGCUCCAGAAGUUCUGUUAAAAGAGUAUGGACCAGAAGCUGAUGUUUGGACUGCUGGUGUCAUUCUCUACAUUUUGCUAAGUGGUGUGCCCCCAUUCUGGGCAGAGACACAACAAGGAAUAUUUGAUGCUGUAUUGAAAGGCGUUAUUGAUUUUGAUUCUGAUCCUUGGCCUGUGAUCUCUGAUAGUGCAAAGGAUCUUAUAACAAAAAUGCUCAAUCCUCGCCCAAAGGAACGCUUAACAGCACAUGCAGUUCUAUGCCAUCCAUGGAUUCGUGAUCAUGGAGUUGCUCCUGAUCGGCCUCUUGAUCCAGCUGUCCUAUCUCGCAUCAAGCAGUUCUCUGCAAUGAAUAAGUUGAAGAAGAUGGCUUUGCGGGUAAUAGCUGAGAGUCUCUCAGAGGAGGAAAUUGCUGGGUUGAAGGAAAUGUUCCAGACUAUGGAUGCUGAUAACAGUGGUGCAAUCACAUAUGAUGAACUUAAAGAAGGCUUGAGAAAAUACGGUUCCACGCUAAAGGACACUGAGAUUCGUGAUCUUAUGGAUGCAGCAGAUAUAGACAACAGCGGGACAAUUGAUUAUAUUGAAUUCAUUGCUGCAACAUUGCAUCUCAACAAACUGGAGCGAGAGGAACAUCUGGUGGCAGCUUUCUCAUAUUUUGACAAGGAUGGAAGUGGUUACAUCACAGUGGAUGAGCUGCAGCAAGCUUGCAAAGAGCAUAACAUGCCAGACGCCUUUCUUGAUGAUGUCAUCAAUGAAGCUGACCAGGAUAAUGACGGGCGCAUUGACUAUGGAGAAUUCGUUGCCAUGAUGACUAAGGGCAAUAUGGGAGUCGGACGAAGAACAAUGAGAAACAGCUUGAAUAUCAGCAUGAGGGACGCACCUGGUGCACUCUAGAUUUCCACGAUGUACAGCUUACGGCUUUUAGCUUCUUCCUGUCUUCCUGCCCACGAACUCCUGCAAUUUUUUAGCGUUGUCAAAUGUAUGUGGAUGUGUGUUUUUUCAGGUGGUUCUGAUUUAACUUGUCAAUUGAUUCCCCAUGGAAUGCAUAACAAGAUGUUCAUGUCACGCACACACGAUGCUGGGUUGUAAAUGAUCUUGUACGUCAUUGCUUAACUCUGAA